CUAUUUAACGCAAUGAAACUCAAAUCUAAAUCACGACGAACCCGUAAAUUAAAAAAGUUAUUACCAUGGCCAAUCAAGACAACAUCACAAACUCAUGCAGCUGUAACCUUGGGCAAUUCAAUUGUCAAACUAGAGGAAGACGACAAGUCAUCCUUGAAUUUGCUGUCAGUGACUCGUUCUGCACGCGGAAUUCUGAUAGAACCACUGUACCAGGAUUUCAAACUUGCAUUGCCCGAAUCAGUGAGAGGGGGCAAGUCUGAUAAUUUAGAGUGUAACGUAUGUAAGCUGACCUUUAUUGAUUGGCAGCAGUUGAACAUGCACUUGGAACCUUGUCACGGUAUCAAUGGAACCAGAAUCCCGCGUCUCUUAAACAGAGAGAAUUUAUACUGUUUUUCCUGUAAGAAAGAAUGUUGUUCAAGAUCGUCCUACUCAAGUCACUUAAAGCGUGUUCACAACAUCAUCGGUUAUCCUGCUGCACGCGAACAGAAUUCAGAUUUCCAACCAAUCAUAGACGAGGUUAACCGCUACUGCAAUGUAUGUAACCGCACUUAUCAAAACAUGAACACGUACCGUAUACACUUGCGGAGAGCCCAUCGAAUGGAGUCUGUAACAAACACUUGUCUUUAUUGCAAGAUAUGUGGCGUACGCUUGUCUAAAUUACGGUAUUUGGUCUCACAUCGCAAGCGUGUACACUAUGGACCUAAAUUUGUCCCAACAGCCCAAGCACAUGCCGGUUCCACGACACCGGAUUUUUAUGAUGAAAAUAAUCAAUGCAGCGCUUGCAAGAUAACUUUUGAUAGCACACAAACAUACCGAUCCCACUUGCUUUUUAUGUAUGGCCCAGAGCGUUUCCCCGAUGCGGAGGUUUCCGAUCCACAAACAAAAUAUAUACCAACUGUCACUGACGAAAAUUGCUGUUGCUCUGUGUGCGAAAGAACCUUUUAUGACACCCAAGAAUUUUAUCAACAUUUGCUUAUUACCCAUCAAGCACAGGUUUCCCCUGAUUUAUUUGUUGGCCAUUCCAGCACAGACACACUCAUAGUUACUGACGCACAUGACGAAAAUGGUGAACGAAUAACAUGCGAUAAUUCAGUUAUCGGAUCUAGUGCAGUGGUUUUAAACGAAGGUGAUCCGCAUAUCAAUACGGUACCCAAUCUUGACAAUGAUAAUAACCAAUGUACUGGUUGUAAAAGGACAUUUAAUACCAAGGAUGAUUAUCGUAGUCAUAUCUUGACAAAGUAUGGUUCAAAAGCUUUGACACCUAUCGAUGAAAUAGAUCCACAUUUCAACACAGUGCCUGAUAUCAAUGAUGUAAACAAACAAUGUAUUGGAUGCAAGAAACAAUUCGAAACCAGAAUUAAUUACUUUGCGCAUUUACGUCGUAGUUACGGAGCAGAUAUCAUACCAGCCUAUUAUGAUCCUCAUUUGGAUACAGUGCCUUCUAUCGAUUAUACAAAUAAUGAGUGUAUUGGAUCCGGAAAGAGAUUCACGAACAGGACCAAGUAUUAUGAACAUUUAAAGAGCAAAUACAAAAAUAUCAUCAACGUUACUGAAAACUUCAAAACUAGUUGCACAUAUUGCGAAGAAGCAUUCGAAUGUACGUACUUUCUGCGACUCCAUUUGCGACGUAAUCAUUGCCCCGCCGUAAAAAAGCGUGAUCCACAUGUAAACACGAUUCCUGAUGUCAAUGAUAUAAAUUAUCAAUGUUUUGGAUGUAAAAAGUCAUUCAAAACGGAGGCGAUGUAUCAUAUGCAUUUAACAAAUUUUUAUAAUGUGGACUACACAAAAGGACCGUAUGAUCCCCAUUUAAAUACCAUCCCCAUCAUUGAGGAUGAGAAUAGACAGUGCAUUGGUUGUAAAAACACAUAUAGGUCCAAUUCCGCUUAUUGGUCGCAUUUGGAUAUUUAUUACAAUUUCCGACAAAUUGGUAGUUACAAACUGAAUUCAAAAGGUCAAUCGUAUUUAGGAAAAUCGCAGAUCAGUAUAUUACCAAACGAGCAUAACAAAAAAAAUUAUUGUACCGCAUGUGAUAGGAUAUUUAUUCACAGACUCUCAUACAUUUACCACAUGAGUCAAGAACAUGGCAUAUACAUUUAUCGUUUACCAGCACAUGUUUCAUAAUCAACAUUGCCUUUUCCCACUACUAAUGAUGAAAUUUAACUAUCGCAAAAGAAAUAAAUAAACAAAAGGCUUCUAUUUUCGGGGAAAUUAAUCUUUAUUCAAACAUGAAACCAAUUGUGUUUUUUAAGGCUUUGUACAACACCAAGGAUUGUCU